AUGGAGAAUAUUGAUAACGUGAAUUUAUUUGUUCAGUCGUUGGAUAAUUCAGUAGACCAACUUACAGAAAAAUUGGAACCAAUAUUAAAGAAGUCAUUAGAAGAGAAAAUAGCAGCAUCAGAUUCACAAGUGGAACGCAUAAAGAUAUAUAAUAACUACUCAUAUGUAUUAAUUUCCAUACUAUUUUCAUACUUGAAAACCCUUGGCAUAAAUACGGAUCAACAUCCUAUAAUGAAAGAAUUGACAAGAAUUAAACUGUACAUGAAGAGAUAUAAAGAGCUCGAAGCUAAAUUAGCGUCAAAAGAUACAUCUAAGGAAGAUGCUGAGGCUGCAAGAACUUUCAUUCAGAAUACUCUUGGUACGAAAUUAAACGGUGGGGGAGCAGCGAUUAGUUCCAAUAUGAGCUCUCCAGCUAUAAGCUCGUCAAACUUUGCCGGUGUUCAUACGAAAUUUAGUGAUCCUGAAAACAACAGUGAUUCAGAAUCCACAUCUAAACCUAAAUCUGAACCUACAUCUAAAACAUCGGCUAAGAAGAAGAUAUCUCUGAAACCUAAGGGUAAAGCUUCUAAGGUAACAAAACCACAAAGCAAGUCUAAACGGUCGAACACUAAAUGA